AUGGAAUUGACAUCGCCCCUCACCACGCUCGGUAGCAUUUCCACGCCCGAAUCGUUUUACACGGCCCACGACUCGGCUGCCGAUGAUACAACACUGAGCAGCCCUGUGGAAGAUGUCCUAUUCUGGGAGGAACCAACGUAUCGCCCUGCUGUCCAACUGCCACGCGAGCUGAGGCAGCAUUGCCAGAUCCAUCUGGAGGAAGAACUCUACGCUGCCGCAAUCCACAUCCUGUCCGGCCUCAUCGCCGAUGGCAGUACCACCUCGUCUCAUCAACGCUCACGCUUCCCACCCCCAAAACAAAAACCGAGACCUGUCCUCGUCGCGCCUCCCUCUCAACUCGCCCUCCUCGCAACCCUCAUCAUCCACCCCUCCUUCACCUCCCGACCCCCAGAACUCACCCAUCUCCACGCAGCCUCACAAGCGUUUUACUACCUCCGCGGUCUACUCGCCACAGUCGGGCCCAUCAACGCCAACCUCAGCGCCGCAUUCAGCUUUUCCAACUCCAACUUUGGCAGAUCGACCACGACGACAACCACCACCAGAUCUCACAGCAACCGACGACCAACUCUCUACCCACCCCCCGCCCCACGAAAAAGCACGGGAAAUGCAGACGGGGGCAACGACUCCGACGACUCGCUAAGCUCUGACACCACUGCGCCUGGGCGGAAAAACGGUCCACUAGCCCCUGCACACCUGCUGUUUCGCCGCGCACCCGACUUCUGGGCCGUUUUGGGAUGGACGUUCCGGUGUGCCGCGGAGGCGGGGCAACAUCCACGCUGGCGUUACUGGAGUGUGUGGCUGGAUAUGAUGGUGGAGGCGCUGGAAGCGGACUGGGAUGGGAGGGUCACGCUUCAGAAUGAGGGGGGUGGGAAGAUGCAGGAAGAGAGUUCUUCGUCCAAGUCGGUGUUGCGGCAGGCGUUGAUUGUGCAGUAUGUGGAGGACCUGCAAAGGGAGAGGCGGAACUGUUUGCGGGAGGUGUUGAAGGCCGUCUUUGCUUUCAGUGAUCCCGAGAAUGGCGUGUCGGAUCGGGCUUUGUUUCGGGAGGUGUUUGAGCGGGAGACAGUCGUGAGGAAGGAGGGCGCGCAGAGCAAGCGGAAACGGGAACAGGAGGCGGUCGUGGAUUUGGAGAAUGACCAGUUCGGGGACUACCUAGACGGGGACGAUUUCGAGUUCGACGACGAAGACGACGAAGCGGGAACCGCCCCAGCAGCUCCCAGACGAGAGAGGCGGCCAGGCCGGAAACCCAAAGCCGCCAGCGCAGCAUCAUCAGCCGCCUUCACGCUCACCGACGAACUCGCCGAAACCGUGCCCUUCCGCCUGCGCAUCUUCCGCCUCCUCUCCGCCGUGUCAGACGCCUUCCCCGACACCUUGGCCUCGGUCGGCGAGCUCUACGAGGGCUUCACCGACCAGGUCCGUUCCCUCCCACUGCCCAUGUUCCGCCUCUUUGUCGAUCGGAUCGCCCGCGGCGUCGGCGGCAGUGGCGCCGCAGACAACCUCCUCAUGGCCGAGUGUGUCCAGGUAUCGUUUCUGCGCAUGCUCAUCGAGGACCUUCUCCCUGCGACACCACCACCGCCAGCAGCACCAGCGGCAUCAGCAAAACAAACCCGCCGGAGUACUUCAGCCAGGCGCCAAUCAGCCCGGAACCAGAAUCAGAACCAAACCCAAGCCCAAACCCAAACCCAAAAACCCCCGAACGAAACCCCAGAAAAUGAUCCUGCUCCUACCAGCAACGAAGAAACAGAAACCGGCAUAACCCUCCCCCUCCUACAAACCCGCUUCCUCCCCUUCGCAGCAAGCAAAGUCACAGCCCAAGACAACGCCAAGCUCUCUCUAGCCCUCGAAGCCAUGAUGACUUUUGUCUUUGCCCAUAUCGAUGUGGCGUACUCGGCUGGCUUGCGUAGGGCGGUGGAGAUGGGGAUUCAAGCUAGGGAGGAGAGGGUUAAUGGCGGUGGGUUGGGGGGUGGUGGAAGGAGGGGGAGAUGGGUUGGUACUGGGGCUGGGGGUACUGCGGGUGGAGGGAGUGCUAUGGAACGGGAGGCUAGGGAGGUUUUGGCACGAUCGGGGAGGAAUUUGAGGUCUUUAGUUGAUGUUAUUGCUGUUAUGUCAGGGAGGUGA